AUGGAGAAAGGUUCGGUUAAUCGUUUCCAUAAAAGGAAAAGAUCUAGCAGCAAUCCAGUCCAAAACCAUAAACGACGCAGGAUUACUACUAUUGAAUAUGAAUACAUCAGACAGCCUCUGCUGGAAGAUGAAGAAGAAGAACCGGUUGAGGAGGAAGAGGAAGAGAAAGAUCCGGAAGAGGAAGGAAAAUGUUGUGAAAUUGAGUUAGAAGACUAUGUGCAUUGCCAAGGGAGUGCAAAUCAUGACGAGGAUGUUGGAGAAGAGAAUCCUAUGGAAGAUAAUGAAGCAACAUCUAAGUUUAACGGCAUAGACCCUAUUUCUGCCACCCUUUCCGACCUUAAAGUCCUUGAUUGCUGCAGCUGCUGUCAACCAUUGACUAUUCCUGUCUUCCAGUAUCAUUCUGAUACAUCACUAGGAAUUGAACUUAAUCUUAGAUUCUUAGUCAAACAAGCUGUUGUGCAUGCUUUUAAUCCUGCAAUACAGUGCGAGAAAGGGCAUUUUGCUUGCUUUACCUGUUGUGCUCUUGGAAGGGAGUGUCUUGAGUGCUCAUCUCGCAUUCCUUACAACCGUUGCAGAGCUAUUGAGAAAGUGUUGGAAUCUAUUAACAUAUCAUGCCUUAAUGCAAAAUAUGGUUGCAAAGAGACAUUCAGUUACAGUGAAAGGAAUAACCAUGAGAAGAAAUGUAUCCACAUUCCAUGUUUCUGCCCACACAAAGGUUGUGAUUUUGUUGCCUCAUCAAAGUUGUUAUCACUCCACUUCAACAAUAAACAUAAAACUUCUGGAAUCCAAUUUUUAUACAAUCACACUUUCCAUGUAUCCGUGAAUCCUUAUGAUGAAUUCCUUGUUCUUCAAGAGCAAACAUAUGGAAAUAUGUUUAUUCUCAAAAACAAUGUUGUUGAGAAUAUGGCAAAUGUGGUCACUAUUAGCUGCAUGGGGCCUAACUCUUCUCAGCCAGGGUAUGCUUAUGUUAUAGUCGCCAAGUCUCAGGGAUGCUGUCUAAUGUUGAAGUCUUUUACCAAGAACAUUCAAAGGGGCAUUGCAGAUAUUCCUUCAUCAGGGUUCCUUGUGAUUCCAUUUGACCGUUCUGAUAAUUAUGCAUCUCUCCAUCUGGAGAUUUGCAUAAGAAAAAGAAAGAAUGCUUCACACAUUGCAGAGUGGGAAGGUCCUUAG